AUGAAUCACCUCUUAUUUCAAAGAAGUGGUUCACUAGAAGCUCCUUGCAGCCUUGUGGAGGACAAAUCACAGCAGCGCUUCACUUGGGCAUUUCAUCGAACAGCUUCCGUGCAUGAGCAGAGGUGCAACUUCAGCAACUUCUAUGGAGUUUUCCCGCAACCGGAGGCAGCAGCUCUAGCUGAACUUGCUUGUGGCCUUGCCCAGGUUGCUGGAGCCCACUGUUUGCCCAGGCUGGAACUCUUGCGCUGGAGUUGCCUUUGGUUGCUUGGGCCCCCUCUUGUCAGGGCUCCCCCUCAACGGUGGAAGUGCUCUAAGAGUAGAUAA